AGCCGUCUUGUCAAUUGCUCAGCUUGCUCUUCACACAUAUCUCUGCACUGGUUACACGGCGACAUUGAGCGGCAGCCAGUAUAACCCAAAGCCAGUCAACGAAGCCCGGAACGCAUCGAAAAACAGUACGUAGCGCUAUAAGUCGCCAAGGAGAACGAGCGAGCAAUAUUUAGA